CUUCGCCCCUGGCCUUGGCAAGUGGACCGGUCCCGAAGGGGUAGAAGCUGAGACCGGCGCCUUCGCGGGAGCAGUCCGCUGGGUCGGCGGCUUCUCCGCCUUAAGCGUUCAGGAACUAGAGAUGCUAUUAGGCUGUUGUUUUAUCCAAUGUGAGAAGUUGGCCCAGAGAUGGAAAACUUCAUUCUGUAUGAGGAGAUUGGCAGAGGAAGCAAGACUGUUGUUUAUAAAGGGCGACGGAAGGGAACAAUCAAUUUUGUAGCUAUUCUUUGUACUGAUAAGUGCAAAAGGCCUGAAAUAACCAACUGGGUCCGUCUCACCCAUGAAAUUAAACACAAGAAUAUCGUAACUUUUCAUGAAUGGUAUGAAACCAGCAAUCAUCUCUGGCUCGUGGUGGAACUCUGCACAGGUGGUUCCCUAGAAAUGGUGAUUGCUCAAGAUGAAAACCUCCCAGAAGAUGUUGUGAGAGAAUUUGGGGUUGACCUCAUUGCUGGAUUACAUCAUCUUCAUCAACUUGGCAUUCUCUUUUGUGACAUUUCUCCAGGCAAGAUCCUCUUGGAAGGGCCUGGCACAUUGAAGUUCAGUAAUUUUGGCUUGGCCAAAGUGGAAGGUGAAAAUUUGGAAGAGUUCUUUGCUUUGGUGGCAGCAGAAGAAGGAGGAGGUGAUAGUGGGGAAAAUGCACUGAAGAAAACCUUAAGAGGUAGAGUCAAAGGAUCUCUUACAUAUACAGCACCUGAAAUUUUAAGGGGUACUGACUUCUCCAUCACCAGUGACCUCUGGUCUUUGGGCUGUCUGCUUUAUGAAAUGUUUUCAGGAAGACCUCCAUUCUUCUCAGAAAGUUUUUCAGAAUUAAUUGAAAAGAUUUUUUAUGCAGAUCCUUUGCCACCUGUUCCAAAAGAUUCUUCUCUUCCUAAAGCUUCUUCAGAUUUUAUUAAUUUGCUUGAUGGUUUACUUCAAAAAGAUCCUCAGAAAAGAUUAACUUGGGCAGGCCUAUUGCAGCAUUCAUUUUGGAAGGAUGCUUUCGUUAGGAGAGAUCAUGAAUCGAGCACUGAGGAUUCCAUCGUCAGCGGAAAAGUGAUGGAGCAUUCUGGGACCCAGGAUUCCAAGGAGGUUUUGAAGCCAAGUGGACAAGCCAAGGGGGACAAGAGUGGUCAGCGACUGAGUCACUCUUUCAGACUAGAAAAUCCAGCUGAGUUGCGGCCUAAAAGUACCGUUGGGGGUCAGCCGAAUGAGUCCAUAUUUCUUCUGAGUUCUCGCCCGACCCCGAGAACUAGCAGUGCGGUCGGACUAAGUCCUGGUGAGGAUAGGACUCAACAUUCACCACAGAAGGCUUCUCUGACCAAGAUUGCAAGUGAACACCUGAGUCAGCAGGACCUGGAAUCCCGGAUGAGAGAGCUUAUCUACACAGACUCUGAUCUUGUCAUCACCCCAAUUAUCGACAACCCAAAGAUAAUGAAACAACCACCAAUUAAAUUUGAUCCAAAGAUACUGCAUCUACCAGCAUAUUCAGUGGAUAAAUUAGCAUUUCUAAAAGACCAAGAUUGGAACGACUUUUUGCAGCAGGUGUGCUCACAGAUCGACUCCACUGAGAAGAGCACGGGGGCCUCGCGAGCCAAGCUGAACCUCCUUUGCUAUUUGUGUGUCGUGACUGGACACCGGGAGGUGGCCACGCGCCUCCUCCAUUCACCUCUGUUCCAUUUACUAAUCCAGCAUUUGCGAAUUGCUCCAAACUGGGAUAUACGGGCCAAGGUUGCUCGGGUGAUUGGUUUACUGGCCUCACACACAACUGAGCUCCAGGAAAAUACACCUGUUACUGAGGCAAUUACUGUCUUAACUGAGUUAAUUAGGGAAAACUUCAGAAAUAGCAAAUUAAAACAGUGCCUCUUACCAACCCUUGGGGAGCUGAUCUACCUUGUAGCCACCCAGGAAGAAAAAAAAAAGAACCCUAGAGAAUGCUGGGCCGUUCCCUUGGCUUCGUACACAGUGCUAAUGAGGUGCCUUCGGGAAGGGGAAGAACGUGUUGUGAAUCACAUGGCAGCAAAGAUUAUUGAAAAUGUCUGCACUACCUUUUCUGCUCAGGCCCAGGGCUUUAUUACAGGAGAAAUUGGACCCGUUUUAUGGUUCUUAUUCAGACAUUCCACUGUUGAUUCUCUCAGGAUAACAGCAAUAUCGGCCUUGUGUAGAAUCACUCGCCAUUCUCCCACUGCCUUCCAGAGUGUUAUUGAGAAGGUGGGACUGAACGCAGUAAUAAACUCCCUGGCCUCAGCCAUCUGCAAAGUUCAGCAGUGCAUGUUGACCUUAUUCACUUCAAUGUUGUCUUGUGGGAUUCAUCUUCAGAGGUUAAUCCAAGAAAAGGACUUUGUUUCUACAGUUAUCCGUUUACUUGACAGCCCAUCAACUUCGAUUAGAGCAAAAGCCUUCCUCGUUCUUUUAUAUAUUUUGAUUCAUAACCAUGAGAUGCUGCUGCUCGGCUGCCAAGCAAGACUGGUGAUGUACAUCGAGAGAGACAGCAGAAAGACCACUCCAGGCAAGGACCUGCAAAGCAGCAAUGAAUACCUGUCCAAGUGCCUGGACCUUCUCAUCCGUCACAUUGUGCACGAGCUGCCGCGGAUCCUGGGUGCCAUUCUUAACGCCUUGGCCAAUGUUUCUGGUCGUAAACACCCAUCAACAGUCCAAGCGAAACAGCUGAAGAUGUGUCUCCCCCUGAUGCCUAUAGUGCUUCACCUCGUAACUUCUCAGGUGUUUCGACCUCAAGUUGUAACAGAAGAGUUCCUUUUCAGUUAUGGAACUAUUCUUAGUCAUAUUAAGUCUAUAGACUCAGGAGAAACUAACCUAGAUGGAGCCGUGGGACUGAUGGCUUCGGAAGAAUUUAUCAAGAUCACGUUGUCGGCUUUUGAAGCAAUAAUACAAUAUCCUGUUUUGUUGAAAGACUAUCGCUCUACGGUUGUUGAUUACAUCCUGCCACCCUUGGUCUCCUUGGUUCAGAGCCAAAAUGUGGAGUGGAGACUCUUCAGCUUGCGGUUGCUCUCAGAAACCACAUCUCUACUCGUGAACCAGGAGGUUGGGGAUGGCAAGAAGGAGGCGAAUGUUGACUCUGACAGCAAUCUACUGGCUCUCAUUAGAGACGUCUUACUUCCCCAGUACGAGCACAUCCUCGCGGAGCCUGACCCAGUACCAGCUUAUGCUCUCAAACUGCUCGUUGCCCUCACUGAACACAACCCAACCUUCGCCAGACUUGUGGAAGAGAGCAAACUGAUCCCACUCAUUUUUGAAGUAAUUCUGGAACAUCAGGAGAACAUUCUGGGUCACACCAUGCAAAGUGUGAUUGCGUUGCUCAACAAUCUGGUGGCCUGCAAAGAUUCAAAUAUGAAGCUACUUUAUGAACAAGGACUGGUCCGUCAUGUCUGUGACCUGUUCACUGAAACUGCCACGCUGUGCUUGGAUGUGGAUAACAAGAACCACAGUGAGACGGCCGCCACCCUGCUCUUCUCCCUGCUCGAUAUUCUGCACGGCAUGCUGACCUAUACGGCCUGUGUCGUACGGCUGGCUCUGCAGGCACAGAAGUCUGGCUCAGGAGGGGACACCCAAGCCGCGGAGGACCUGCUUCUGCUGAGCAAACCUCUGACAGACCUCAUCAGCCUGCUCAUUCCGCUGCUUCCUACUACCCUCUUGUGAAUGAGAGACCUCCCUUUGCCGUCAGCCAACAGCUGGUCUUUGUUGUGGUUGUUGUUACAACGCGAAGUCGCCUUCCACUUCGUCUUCCACAGUGUCCUCAGGACAACUUUUCUUUCAGUGAAGUGUGGAGCAGCAGUUUCAGCCAGAGACUUGCAGCUUCCUGACAAUAGAUUCUUGAAUUACAGAGAUCCAGAGUAUACUCCUCCGAAAAUAUACGGGAUCUCCAAUAUAUCUUCGUAAGCAUUAUGCAUAAGAUCAAGGAACGGCCGCAGACUAGCCAAUUCAUCACACAACAAAAGAUAGCAAAGCCUCUAAUAGGCUUACAGGUGCCCUCGGGCCCGUGGAGGGAACAACUAACUACGUGAGUUGGGCCAAGGAUGAAGGGCUGGUUGAAUUUUUUUCCAAUUUGUUUUUUCUUGUGGUAAAAUAAACAUAAAAUUUACCACGUGAACCAUUUUUGUGUAUACAGUUCACUGUUACUAAAUAUAUUCAUAGUGUCGUAUAGUCAUCUCUACUGUCCAUCUCGACAUCUCUUUUUAUCUUGUGAAACUGAUAGUCUAUACCCAUUAAGCAAGAACCUCCCAUUCCUUUUUACCCCAGCCCCUGGCAGCCACCAUUCUAUUUCCUGUUUCUAUGAUUUGACUACUCUAGUAUGUAUAACGGAGUCAUGCAGUAUUUGUCAUUUUGUGGCUGGCGUCUUUCAGCAUAAUGUCCUCAGGGUUCAUCCAUGUGUUAGAAUUCCCUUGCUUUUUGAGGCUAAAUAAUAUUCCAAUGUGUGUGUGUCCUGCAUUUUGCUUAUCCAUUCAUCUGCUGAUGGAUGCUUAGGUUCCUUCCCACUCCUAGCUGUUGUGGAUAACGCUGCUGUGAACUCGGAUGUACAAAUGUCUUUUCAGACUCUGCUUUCAGUUCUUUGGAAUAUAUACCUGGAAACAGAACUGCCAGAUCCUGUGAUAAUGCUGUUUUUAAUUUUUU